AUGUGCGAUGCCGGCGGAGACAGUGAAAAAGUGAAAGCGCACAUGGGUGGAGUGAGCGAAAAAAUCUGGUUAGACGAGGGCUUAGCCGAGCAGCGCUUCAGGUCCCCGUGCUCGGGAGUGGCCUGGCACGUGGCGAGACGAGUAAACAUGGCGGCCAUAUUGAAACAUAUCAGCGGCAACACCUUGGCGCAGCUCGCAGCCCUUAUCGCGCUGCUGGUGCUGAUGGUUGGGCCGGUUCCGUCGGUGUUCGGUAUCGAUUGCUUUAAGUGCGUUUCGAUGAACGGUGCCAACAAGGCGUGCGAUGAUCCCUUCCACAACAACUACUCGGCGGCCAUCCUGGAGUCACCGUGCAUGGGUGGCCGAAAGGGCCGGGACGGGUUGUUUCCGGCCACGUCGUGCAUCAAAAUUGCUGGUUAUUACGAUGACACCGGCGAAACUAUUACGGUUCGUGGAUGCGCCCUGGACAGUGGCACCCUGACGACGGAUACCGAAAUAAUUCGAAUGUCCCAUUGCGGACGUUUCUACUACGAUGAUAGAUACGUGCACGGAUGUCUGCAAAGCUGCAACGAUGCGGAUGCGUGCAACGAUGCACCGAAGAGUGGCCCCACGGCAAUCCUUUGGCUGGUUCUGCUGGUCGUCGCUGCCGGAUCGCUGCUAAGGCCCAACCUCACGUUACAUCCGUCCGGUCGACUGGGACGCGUCAACGGAAGCUAA